AUGGCUGGGGAGGACGAGAGGGGGGUGGUCCGAGUGAAAGUCAAGAAAUGUGACGGGGCUCUUCCUCCAGAGCUGCGGUCGUUUGCGGUCGAUCCUCAGAUCACGUCCCUGGAAGUUCUACAGCACAUCCUCAUACGGGCCUUUGACCUGAGCGGGAAGCAGACCUUUGGGAUCAGCUUUUUGUCCCGGGACCAGGGCCCUGAGGGGUUCCAGGCCCUGACCUCGGACCUGGACUUGGAGGAGGCCUUUGUGAGCGCCGCCAAACCACAUCUGCAGCUGAAGAUGGACAUCAGGCCAGCAGAGGACAGUCCAGUGAUGGAGGACUGGGACAUCAUCAGCCCCAAAGACGUGAUGACCUCUGAGCAGCUGUUUGCAGACCGCACUCGCUCUCUGGCCUCCGCCGCUCUGCCCUUCACCCAAUCUCUGCUCUCCCAGGUACCAGUACUCACCCAUGUACCAGUACUCACCAGGUACCAGUACUCACCCAUGUACCAGUACUCACCCAUGUACCAGUACUCACCCAUGUACCAGUACUCAGCCAUGUACCAGUACUCACCCAUGUACCAGUACUCACCCAGGUACCAGUACUCACCCAUGUACCAGUACUCACCCAGGUACCAGUACUCACCCAUGUACCAGUACUCACCCAUGUACCAGUACUCACCAGUACUCACCAGGUACCAGUACUCACCCAUGUACCAGUACUCACCCAGGUACCAGUACUCACCCAGGUACCAGUACUCACCCAUGUACCAGUACUCACCCAUGUACCAGUACUCACCAGUACUCACCAGGUACCAGUACUCACCCAUGUACCAGUACUCACCCAGGUACCAGUACUCUCCCAGGUACCAGUACUCACCCAUGUACCAGUACUCACCCAUGUACCAGUACUCACCAGUACUCACCAGGUACCAGUACUCACCCAUGUACCAGUACUCACCCAGGUACCAGUACUCUCCCAGGUACCAGUACUCACCCAUGUACCAGUACUCACCCAUGUACCAGUACUCACCCAUGUACCAGUACUCACCCAUGUACCAGUACUCACCCAUGUACCAGUACCAGUACUCACCCAUGUACCAGUACUCGCCCAUGUACCAGUACUCACCCAGGUACCAGUACUCACCCAUGUACCAGUACUCACCCAUGUACCAGUACUCACCCAGGUACCAGUACUCACCCAUGUACCAGUACUCACCCAGGUACCAGUACUCACCCAUGUACCAGUACUCACCCAUGUACCAGUACUCACCAGUACUCACCAGGUACCAGUACUCACCCAUGUACCAGUACUCUCCCAGGUACCAGUACUCACCCAUGUACCAGUACUCACCCAGGUACCAGUACUCACCCAUGUACCAGUACUCACCCAUGUACCAGUACUCACCCAGGUACCAGUACUCACCCAUGUACCAGUACUCACCCAUGUACCAGUACUCACCCAGGUACCAGUACUCACCCAGGUACCAGUACUCUCCCAGGUACCAGUACUCACCCAUGUACCAGUACUCUCCCAGGUACCAGUACUCACCCAUGUACCAGUACUCACCAGUACUCACCAGGUACCAGUACUCACCCAUGUACCAGUACUCACCCAGGUACCAGUACUCUCCCAGGUACCAGUACUCACCCAUGUACCAGUACUCACCCAUGUACCAGUACUCACCAGUACUCACCAGGUACCAGUACUCACCCAUGUACCAGUACUCACCCAGGUACCAGUAUUCACCCAGAUACCAGUACUCACCCAGAUACCAGUACUCACCCAGGUACCAGUAUUCACUCAGGUACCAGUACUUAUCCAGGUACCAGUACUUAUCCAGGUACCAGUACUCAUCCAGGUACCAGUACUCACCCAGGUACCAGUACUCACCCAGGUACCAGUAUUCACCCAGAUACCAGUACUCACCCAGAUACCAGUACUCACCCAGGUACCAGUAUUCACUCAGGUACCAGUACUUAUCCAGGUACCAGUACUCAUCCAGGUACCAGUACUCACCCAGCUGGUCGUACGGAGAGGAGAUGAAGCCGUUCAAACCUCCGCUAAGUGACGCAGAGUUCCACUGGUACCUAAACCAUCAAGGCCAGCUCACCAAACCAGAGGAGCUGAGGCUGCGUAUCUACCAUGGGGGAGUGGAACCAUCGCUGCGCAAGGUGGUGUGGCGGUACCUGCUGAACGUGUACCCAGAUGGUCUGAGUGGUCAGGAGAGGAUGGACUACAUGAAGAGGAAGACGAGAGAGUACUACGAGCUGAAGAGCGCCGGGACGUCCAGGGUCAGUGCGCAGGAGCUGGACUUCAUCCGCGGGAACGUCCUCAAAGACGUUCUCAGGACAGACCGCGCUCACGCCUACUACGCCGGCUCCGAGGACAGCCCACACCUCACCGCACUCACCAACCUGCUCACCACCUUCGCCAUCACACACCCACAGAUCUCGUACUGCCAGGGCAUGAGUGACAUUGCGUCUCCGAUCCUCGCCGUCAUGGACAACGAGGCGCACGCCUUCAUCUGCUUCUGCGGCGUCAUGAAGCGCCUGGAGGGGAACUUCCGCCCGGACGGUCAUCUCAUGUCUGUGAAGUUCCAGCACCUGAAGCUGCUGCUGCAGUACUCCGACCCGGACUUCUACUCCUACCUGGUGUCCCGCGGCGCCGACGACCUCUUCUUCUGCUACCGCUGGCUUCUGCUGGAGCUGAAGAGAGAGUUCGCCUUCGAUGAUGCUCUGAGGAUGUUAGAGAUCACCUGGAGCUCGCUGCCUCCAGACCCUCCAGAGACUGAGGUGGAGCUGUGUGGGCCGCCCCUGGAGGAGGAGCAGGCCGGGAGGUACAGGAGGAGGAGGAGAGGGGUGGAGGACCAGGACCAGGGCCUAGACCAGGGCCUGGACCUGGACCAGGACAGGGCUGGGAGCUACAGGCGGAGGAGAUCGAUGGAAGAAGGGCAGGUGGAGGAUGGACCGGGACGAGCUGUGAACCACAUGCAGAGCAGAGAGGGGCUGAUGGAGGACCAGGACCAGAACCAGGACCAGGACCAGGACAGGCAGCGCAUUCGCCACAUGCUCCGGCCUUCGCGAGAGGAAGUGGUUGUCAUGGAGACAGACGCCAACGAAGAAUCCAAAACCAGCACUUUUCCAAUGUCGAGGAAAAGCAGUUUCGGCGAGUUUAAAUACUACUGCGCCAGGAGCGAGGAACGCAUGGAAGACAUCGAGCCCACCCAGCCCGAGCCCACCCAGCCCGAGCCCACCCAGCCCGAGCCCACCCAGCCCGAGCCCACCCAGCCCGAGUCCACCCAGCCCGAGCCCACCCAGCCCGAGCCCGGCCCAUUCAGGCGCCAGUCCACUGCAGAGAGCCAGGACGAGCUCGGAGAGAAGGCUCCGCUGAUAAAGGACUCUGAUCCCUCCAGUCUUUGGUCGAACUUGAUCCCGGACUCUAAACCCGGUCUCCACAACGGCGUGUCGUCUCCUCCCUCUCGCCCGCGCUCCCUGCUCUCCUCCCCCAUCCUCUCCUUCGGGAAAUCCCACUUCAGGGCCAGCUCCAACCCGCUGUCCUCGCCGGGAAACAAGACUUUGCCCCGAGCGGACUGCCCCAAGCCGUGCUCGCUGCCGCCGCCGCAGGAGUUUGGCAAAGGCAACCCGUUCAUGCUCUUCCUGUGCCUGGCCAUCCUGCUGGAGCACCGCGACCACAUCAUCAAGAACGCGCUGGACUACAACGAGCUGGCCAUGCACUUCGACCGCCUGGUGCGCCGACACAACCUGAGCCGUGCGCUGCAGAGGGCCAAGGCGCUGUUCGCCGAGUACCUGCAGAGCGAGGUGUGGGACUCCGAGGAGGGGGACGAGGUGAGCUCCGACUCCCCCACUCUGCCUGCACGGCCCGGGUACAGCCCGCUGGCCUCUCCCCCCCUGGCCUCUCCCCCGCGGGCCUCCUCCCCCAACUCCACCUACGACCUGACCAGCACCGUGCCCUCGGUCGCAUUGUCGCCCACGUCCUGA